AUGGCUAAAUUAAAAGUAACAUAUUUUAAUUUACCAGCAUUCGGGGAACCUAUUCGUUUAUUAUUGGCGUAUAGUGGUGUUGAAUUUGAAGAUGUACUUAUUGAUCCUAAUAAUUGGUUAAAUUUGAAACCGAAAACCCCGUUUGGACAACUUCCCUUGUACGAAGAAAAUGGUAAAAUUAUAAAUCAAAGUGUUGCUAUUAUGAGAUAUUUAGGAAAAAAGUAUAAAUUAAUUGGUGCUGAUGAUUGGGAAGAUUUAGAAAUUGAUGCGAUGGCAGAAACGUUUCGAGAUUUUAUUAUAAAAAUUGCAAUGUAUCAUUAUGAACCAAAUGAUAGCGCAAAAGAUAAAUUAAAAGAACCACUUUAUAAAGAAACUAUUCCAUUUUAUUUGGAACGUUUUGAAAAAAGUGCUAAAGAAAACGGGGGAUACCUAGCUGCUAAGAAGCUUACUUGGGUAGAUUUCUUUUUUGCAUCAAUGAUAGAUUACAUAUCCUUGAUGGGUAAACUUAAUAUAAUGGAGAAUAAUCCGAAUUUGAAGGUUGUUUACGAUAACGUUAUGAAUCUACCUGCUAUUAAAAAAUGGUAUGAAAAAUAUCCACUUUCCCUUGAAUUCUCAAAACUUUGGUUGGAAUCAAGAGGAAAACCUGGCAAGGAAUAA